AUGGGUCGGGUAAGGAAGUAUAAGAAGGUGAAGGCGAUGGAUCCCUUCGCCAAGGGGGGGUGUGGUGGCAGGAUGGGGAUGGGGCGCAAGGGAGGCAGCGACUUGGACAGAAACCUGCCUCCGGACGUCAAGAACCACCAGGCGCAGCGGCUCAACAACCUUGAAGAGGGCAAGGACAAGAAGAAGAAGAACAAGCGCAGGCUGCCCCAGUGGGCGCACGAGGAGCUCAAGGAGACCGCGAAGAGGGUCCGCGAAGAGCACGCCGACCCGGGGGGAAAGGGACGCCAGCCCGAGCCUCAGCGGGCUGCGAUGGAGGGGAAGCGCGAGGACGAGAGCAUGCGGCAGUUCAACAAGCGUGUUCGCGAGGGCACGGCCCAGCUGCUCAAGGACGAGUUCAAGGAGCACAGCUCCACCAACAAGCGCAGGAAAAAGUACCUCGAUGACAAGAAACGCAAGAACAAGCUCAAGAAGCAGGGUCUGUGGGAAGAGGUGCAGCGGCGCGAACGCCUCGACGAAGAACACGCCGCAGCAGGUUUCGAUGGGGCGGAGCGAGGCGGCGGCGGCGGCGGCGGCGCUGGAGGCAGCGGUGUUUCGGCUGGUCGUGGCAGGCAGGGAGGUGGCGGCGGCGAUGGCGGUGGCGGUGGCGGUGGCGGCGGAAACAACUGGGGGGUGUUGGGGCGGGCGGACGAUGACGAAGGCGCGGCGCAGCUGCUUCAGAAGGAGCGCAUCAGGUUUGGAGAAGUGGCGCACGCGCCCCCAGACCUCGCCAAGAUUCCCAAGCCGCGGGGCUUCAAGGACCAAGGGCAGGCCAAGCCAUGGGCAAGGCAAGCCGCUGCCGCGGCCGGGGGGGGGGUGGGGGAUAUUUCUUCUCCCAGUGGUGCCAGUACGGGAAAUCAGGGGUUGGGCACGAUGAGAAAGCCACGAACGUGGUUGGAAUUCUGA